AUGGCGAAAACGAGGCCAGGGAAAAAAGACAUGGACUCAUACACCAUCAGAGGAACUAACAAGCUUGUUAAAGCUGGUGAUUGUGUUUUGAUGCGUCCUUCUGACACGAGUAAGCCACCAUAUGUGGCACGUGUGGAGAAGAUCGAGCAAGAUAAUAGGAGCAAUGUGAGGGUUCGUGUGAGAUGGUAUUAUAGACCUGAAGAAUCUCUUGGUGGAAGAAGACAGUUUCAUGGAGCAAAGGAGCUGUUUUUAUCUGACCAUUUUGAUGUUCAAAGUGCUCACACUAUUGAAGGAAAGUGUAUUGUUCAUUCUUUCAAGAACUAUACUAAGCUUGAGAACGUAGGUUCUGAAGAUUAUUAUUGUAGAUUUGAGUAUAAGGCUGCUACUGGUGCUUUCACCCCUGACCGUGUUGCUGUAUACUGCAAAUGUGAGAUGCCUUAUAAUCCGGAUGACCUAAUGGUGCAGUGCGAGGGAUGCAAAGAUUGGUACCAUCCGGCUUGUGUGGGCAUGACUAUUGAAGAAGCAAAGAAGUUGGACCAUUUUGUUUGUUCUGAAUGUUCAUCUGAUGAUGAUAUGAAGAAACCACCGGUGCCAUUUCCUGCAUCACCGGGAUCUGAUGAUGGCAAGGUGGAGCCAAAGCGGCGAAAGAGAGGACCGUGA